CUGUAAGCACUCUGAAGGUCACCUCAAGGACUAAGUAUAAUAUCUUACUAUGAUAUACCAAUUUCUUUUCCCCACUCUAUUAUCGUUAUUAUACCUAGGUUCCUGCCUGGAGGUACUGGUGAUCCACUGUUGCUAGACACGGAAGCCUGUUAAGCGAAAGCUUCUUCUAUUCCGUCUACAACCAUUUGAACCACUUGGCGGGAAAAACAACAAGUUCAAGGUUUGUUAAUUUCCUACUUCGCCUUUUUAACCCUUGUCACUUUCUCGAAAUAAUGACAAAGAGCCUGGUUCCCCAUGGUAUUAUUAUACUUAUAUUACUGAAAACAUCAACAUUAUAUUAAUAACGACAAUAAAGUUCAUACAUUUCCCACAAGCUAAUGCAUAUACAAUAAGUUUGUCAGAAGUGCCUUAUUGCAUCAUAAGUGAAAGAGUCGACGGAUGGAGCCUCAACCACGUGCUGAGUCUUAUAUCAGCUUGUUAGACCUACAACACCAGCCAUACACACCCUAAUCUCUGAUUUAACCGUCCCAAGCGGUUUUGCAAUUAAGAAAGAAAGAUUGUAACUGACGAAAAAGCAGUGUUAGUGUCAUGAUUUUGUAUCACGUCUCCUUGCUGAUCUUUCUUACGUUUGUUAGAGUGGACACUAUGACUGAUUUCGUCUUACCAUCUAAAUGUGAAGUUUGCAAGUUUCUUGUAACAGAAAUUCUGUCUCGUCUUCAAGAAACCAAGUCAAGUGAUACUCUGAAUUUAAGAUCUGUCCAAGGGGAUUCAAAGAAGGUUAAAUAUGAAACAUCAGAACUCAGACUUUAUGAAGUUCUGGAAGAUCCUCCUAUUUGCAACAGGCUACUUCAGUACAAAGUUCAUAAAGAGCGUCAAGACAGUAGCAGAUUUGACAAAGGCACACCUCAGACAAUGAAGUCUCUUACGGAACUGGUGAACCGUGGCGUUGAUGUGAAGCUGGAUGUCCCUUUUGAGCUGUGGGAUAAACCGCCUGCAGAAGUCACAGCCUUAUUCAAGGAGUGUAUCCCACUUGUUAAUGAAUACCAAGACAUUAUAGAAGAAUGGUUUUACAACAAUCAAGAUAUAAAUCUUUAUGAUUACCUUUGCCGUGAAAAUGUUCUAGACAAAUCUUCUCAAGGGUGCUUGGAUGAAAAAUCUCCAAAUCAACCAAAACAUUCUCCAGAAUCACACCAGUCGGAUGAGUUAUAAUUUAUGUACAACACAUUGGCGUCACUCUUGACCAGUUUUUAUUGGUUCUACAUUUGGAUUCAUAGGGUUUUUGCACGUGUAACUGCAUUUCAAGUGAACCUUUUCUACUGACCAAUAAUUGUAUCGUAUAUUCCUUUUUUCAACUAAAUGUUGGACAUUUGUAAUCAGUUUGUUAUUACGUUUACCUCACUCUUUCAUUAGAUUGGAAUGAUGUUUUGGUCA